CCUCGACGCCAUUUACCAUCUUUCUUUCCUUCCUCUGUCCUCUCCUUCUUCCUGUGUCCGGUUAUGGAGGUCUGCUAGAAAGACGUUUAAACGCCCCUCAAAAAUACUCGCAAAACCUAUAUUUAAGAAGGAAAAGCACCGCCGCUUUAAAAAUAUAAUUCAAGAUGCCUGUAGCUGUGGGUCCGUACGGCCAGACGCAGCCGAGCUGCUUUGACCGGGUCAAGAUGGGCUUCAUGAUGGGGUUUGCAGUAGGAAUGGCUGCAGGUGCCAUGUUUGGCACUUUCUCCUGUCUCAGGAUUGGGAUGCGCGGCAGGGAGCUGAUGGGAGGAGUAGGAAAAACCAUGAUGCAGAGCGGAGGGACGUUCGGCACCUUCAUGGCCAUCGGUAUGGGCAUCCGCUGUUGAGGAACAACGUUCUUCAUGCAACUAUACAGCCAUGGGACUUUUCAAAUUACUACAACAACAGCUAUGUGUCCACUCUGCACUGCUGUCACGCUCUCAACCCACAGUCUAGUUUUGUCAAUAAAAGUUCGGAUCUGUCAAAAGUU